CGUCAUUUGUCAAAAAAAAAUGUAAACAAACAAAUUUUGUUCUAAACCAUUGUUUACUUUGAAGAAACUCCUAAAUAAUCCAUUAAAUGAAAGAAAAAUCAUAAAAUAGUUAACAUAUAAAUUAAUUGUUACGACAAUAUGCCCACGGUAAUCCUAUUGGACGUUUCCCUGUCCAUGACCAGGCCCGUGCAACUUUCCGAUGGGACCGAAACAACCAGGAAGCAAUUGGCUAUAAGCGGUAUUAAUACGUUUCUGGAUCAUUUAAGUAUCCAUUCCAAAUUGGAAUUUAUUGCUUUGAUGGCAUUUUCCUCUUUAUACGAAGAAAGGUGCCCGUUCACCAGAGAUUACAGCGCCAUCAAGGCGGAACUGAAAAAUAUCGAGGACUACGAUAAAACCUGCAUCGAGACCGCCUUCCACGGAUUGGGCCAAAUGGUGUUGGGCGAGUGGGGCAACAAUACCGCUUGCCAGAUUGUCUUGGUGACAGAUGGCAGCACCGGCAUAGGAUCAAUGUCCUUAAAGGACUCGCUGGCCACCGCAGCCCAGCGGAGUCCCUCCCAGCCGCAGUUUCCUUUGCCAUUUCCGUUUCCGGUUAAGUUGCAUGUCGUUUGUGUGGCCGGCGCUAAUGAGCCCUGUGUAGCCAAAGCCAAACCGUUAUACCAAAGGCUGAUCGACCUCAGCGGGUACGACGGCACCAUCCAGAUCCCCGAAAAUCUACAAACCGAAGGCAACGUGACCGCCUUGUUCCAAAAACUCGCGGAAGACAUGUACACCUCUUUCAAGGGCACCCUGAGGUGCGGCAACUUGGAGUCGAAAAUCGUCCUCUCGCCCGCCCCGUUACCUUUUACGAAAACCACCGAUUUCUCCACCCAAACGUACAACGUCUCCGACCUAAUCGAACUGUGCGGGUUCAUUGCGGUGGCCGAUAUCGGCUCACCGAUGGCCAUUAGUCGUCACCUCAUUUUACCGACAAACACGACGGCCUCCCAAAAGGAGGCGAACACCAACGAAAUCGACCUGACCGAUGACGUGGACGAGGCCAGCACACCCUCGUUCUGCGUUUUACUUCACGGAGCUCUUAAGGUGGAAAAUAUGGCCGCGUUGGUCACCCUGGGCGAGAACUGGUUCGGGUUCAUUUACUCGUGGGCGGACUCGAAGAAGAAGAGCAACUUGAUGUUGACGGUGCUUACUCCCGGGUCUGAUGUCAUACCGUGGCUGGGAGACCUGAACGAGUUGGGAACGGCCGAUAUGUACCCGCCGGACCAAGUGGGCAGUUUCCCCAUAAGGCCCAACGAGAAACGGAGCUACUCGCAGAACGGGGUGGUGUGGAUCAGACAGGCCGGACUACAGUCCGAUAUACAGAAGAUACUGAGGCACGCCCGGAAGUUGCCGGAUAAGACGCAACAGUUUUAUAAGGAGUUAAACAGGCUACGCAAAGCGGCGGUUUCCUUAGGGUUUCAGGACUUGCUCACCGGUUUGGCGAGCAUUUUCGAGCAUGAAUGCAUGCAACUGCCCGGCACUGCGCAUCCGGAUUCCGCGCUACAGCUUCAACACGCGGCCGAUAUGCUGCGCAAAUCGCAAAAUAGGGACAUCAAGUACAUUUUGAUGCCUCUGCAGACGAAUUAUACUGCAUCAUAGUUUUUAGUUUUUAAAUGAAUUAAAUAAAUGGUAAAUAAAAAUUUUGCUUUUUA